AUGAGUGUGCACAAGAUGUGCGGAAUGAUUUGAUUUCAGUCUUUUGCAAUCGCAGAUAAAAGGUGUCCAGGGUAUUUCAGCCCUGGUUUUGAAUUGUGUUUACCGAAUUUCGAUUUUGAUUCUCGGAUUUUACGGAUUUCAAAUCGCGUCCAAAGCAUGUCCUGCCUGUGCUGAUUUGGGUAGUCACAAGACAAGACAAGAAGACCAGAGGAUAAAACAACACUGAUAUUGGAAGCCCAUUGAUUGUCAGUGUGUCAUGCAACAGUGUUUGAACAGUUAUGUUGCAGGUUGAAGAUCCAGCACACCUGCACAGUGGUAGCAUUACUCACAUUGAUGAGCAACCAGUUAUUGUUUCAUCAAAGAAAGCCAAAAAAAGUAAUGGGUCAACUACAGAUCAUCACACAGAGGUUGAUCAUGAAGCAAUAAAGUUUAUCGACAAACAUCUGGCUGCUAUCGCAAUCCCUGAAAAUGAUGAAAAUUCGUGCUGUUCUCCAUCCGUUCAAAAAGUAAUAGUGGGAUCGGUGAUUGUUGUAUUGAUAGCUGUAUCGUGGACAGGCGCUACUCAGUUUGGUAAACAGACCUACUCCGCAACAUUCAAUGCACCUUACUUUACAACAUGGUUUUCAACAUCUUUUAUGGUCGUCAUUUACCCUGUAUUUAUUGUACCGCUCAUCUGUCAAAAGUCGCCAUGGCGCUUAAGGACAUUCUUCCGGCAGAGUGCCAUGAUAUUUGGACCGCGUGGUUUUUGCUUAAACAGUCUCGUCAUUUACCUGUUUAAAGUCAUCCUUCCCUUCUGCUUGUUAUGGUUGCUAACCAAUUAUCUGUACCUUCAUUCUUUGAGCAAAUUAUUUCCCGGUACCGUAACAGCCGUCUUCUCCUCGGGAAGUUGUUUUGUUUACAUCCUGUCGCUGCUCUUCUUGAAGGAGAAGCUGUACUUAGUCAGAAGUCUCGCUGUUCUACUCUCCAUUGGCGGUAUUAUACUGAUGAGUUACAGCGAAGGAUUCGGAGCCUCCAAUGCGAUAUAUAUUGCUUUCGUUGUACUGGCUGCGUUUGGUGCUGCGCUUUACCAAGUGCUUUUUAAAUUGGUGUUGGGCAAUGCUAGUGGAUCAAAAGUGGCUUUAUUUCUAACUCUGGUGGGUUGCGUCAAUAUUCUUUUGCUUUGGCCGAUUGUCAUUUUGUUGGAUUAUCAAAACUGGGAAAUGAUAGUGUGGGACGAUCUUCCGUGGACUUUUCUUGCGGGCACAGCAAGUUUGGGUGUUUUGUUCAACUAUCUUGUCAAUUUCGGUAUCUCCUACACCUACCCUUUGUUCAUAUCGGUUGGUACAUUGCUGGGCGUGCCGUUCAAUGCAAUUGCCGACUAUAUCUUCCGCGGAGAAGAUUAUGGAGGCUGGAAGAUUUUUUCAACCUUGUUGAUAUUCUGCGGGUUUCUGUUUAUGUUGAUAUCUAGCGACGCGUUAGACCGUUACGAGAAGAAUUUGCAAUGUCGCGGACAAGUUGUUGAUGGAUGUCACGUUGAAGCGAAUUCAGACGAAACGUGAUUGUUACGUGUCCACAUCAGGUACACGAUUGAUAAUUAUGCAAAGGUUUUGAUUGCAAACUCGAGAGUCACCUUCAAUCCACGACAGUUGACAGCGGUAUGUCAGAUGCCGUCGAAAUGUUGACACAAAGUUUCAGUCGCCUUAUAAAUAAAAAUUAAUUUAAAAAUGUUACAUAUUCGCGAAAGAGCGAAUGAUUUAUUCUGUGCGCGACUGAAGAUGACUUUCGCGGUUUAUUAAUGACGACAUUUUUUUAAAUUUUCUACAUGUUUUAUAUGUUUAAAUUUUUAUACUAUCAAAUUAAAUAUAUAUGAAGUUAAAUUUAAAUUAUUACAGAAGUUUUAACGAGUUUAAUUCGUUGUUGUUAGGGAGCUUGCAAGUUUUGUUUUGCUCAUGAAACUGAUUUCGUUCUAUGAAUUUACGUAAAUUUUCAAAUUUUUUAUAGAGAAACUUAAUCAUUAAAGCAGAGUAAGUUUUUUGCUGUUUUUUUUUUGCCAUUUCACAACACUUUUUGGUCACAUGUUUUGCAAGUUUUGUUAUCGGGAAAAUUAAUCCCCUUAUUAACCAUCUAUUUUUUGGACUCUUAAAAAUUUACUGGAUAACCUGUUCUUUUUAUCAAGCUAGUCCGUUUGAACGUUGACGUUUGUAUUAAAUUGUUUAUAUCAGCAAAGAAUUAAUAUAUGAACUCACAAGAA